ACGCCGUAGACUGGUCGGUCGUCUUCCCCCCUUCUCACUAAACUCCGAAAUGCAAAACUCCAAUUUCAAUUCUCACAAUUACUCUCUGAAUCUCUGCGAAUUUAUUUCUGAAUCCCAGAAAAUUAAAUUACCCAAAAAUCCAAAAAACUAAAUCGGAAAAUGAAGGCGGAGGCCUUGACUCUGGUGCAGUCCGCUUGCUACCCAAUUGCAGAGUACCUGGCCGUGCGCCACAACCGGGCCCACGGCAUCGCCCUCGGCACCUUUCUCUGGGCCACCGCUACUUUUCUCGUCGCUUUUUCAUCAACUUUCACCGAGGUGGCUAUGUCCAGAGCUUUGAAUGGGAUUGGCCUUGCUCUACUUACUCCAGCUAUCCAGUCCCUUGUAGCUGACUCAACUGAUGACAACAACCGAGGUAUGGCUUUCGGAUGGCUUCAAUUAACUGGCAAUGUUGGUUCGAUAAUUGGUGGCCUUUGCUCUAUAUUGAUAGCUCCUAUAACAGUUAUGGGAAUCCCUGGGUGGAGAAUUUCCCUUCACCUUGUUGGAUUUAUUAGUGUUGUAGUCGGUGUUUUAGUCCGUCUGUAUGCCACUGACCCACACUUUCCAGAUGGUGAAACAAAAGAUAGCAGCCAGAAUUCUAGUAGUUCCUUGUGGUCACACGUGAAGGAACUGGCCCUAGAAGCUAAGUCGGUUAUUAAAAUUCCUUCCUUUCAGAUCGUUGUGGCGCAGGGUGUUACUGGUUCGUUUCCUUAGUCAGCAUUGUCAUUUGCGCCCAUGUGGUUGGAACUUACUGGCUUCUCUCAUGGGAAAUCCGCUUUCCUCAUUGCCUUCUUUGUGAUUGGAAGUUGCCUUGGUGGCUUGUUUGGAGGUAAAAUGGGAGAUAUCCUUUCCAUGCGUCUUCCAAACGCAGGAAGGAUUAUAUAAGCACAGAUAAGCUCCGCAUCUGCCACCCCUCUUGCAGCAAUUCUUCUGCUUGCAUUACCUGCGGAUCCAUCUACGCUUGUCAUCCAUGGUUUCAUCUUAUUCAUCAUGGGAUUCUUAAUUUCAUGGAAUGCUCCAGCUACAAACAAUCCGAUUUUUGCAGAGAUAGUUCCUGAGAGAUCCCGAACAAAUGUAUAUGCUUUGGACAGAUCUUCCGAGUCCAUACUCUCAUCGUUCGCUCCUCCAGUAGUUGGGAUAUUAGCUCAACGCGUUUAUGGUUAUAAACCAGUUCCUCAAGGGUCCAGUGCAUCUGAAGAGAUUGCCACGGAUAGAGGGAACGCUUUGUCAUUGGCAAAAGCACUAUAUACAGCAAUAGGAAUUCCAAUGGCUCUCUGUUGUGUCAUUUACUCAUUCCUAUAUUGCACCUACCCAAGAGACAGGGAGCGUGCACGGAUGGAAGUUUUAAUAGAAUCAGAGAUGCAACAAAUAGAAUUAGAAGAUUCUCCUACCGGAGAAGAAUAUUCACGUGCUUGGUUUCCUGAAUCGGAGGAGCUGUAUCUGAAUGAUAGAACUGUCAUUGAAGUAUAGUAUGAAGGUGAGGACACUCUUGAUGCCGAUGCCGAUGCCGAUGAUGAUGAACAGACACUGCUAUACCGCCAGUUAACGUUUGCCAUUUUGAGCCCGCUGUAAUCUUACCAGAAUUUCACUGAACAUUCCAGCUCCAUUCAAGCACAUCCAAAUACCAUACAUGUACGUAAGAAUUUUAUCCGUCCUGUUUUGACCUCCGGCCAGAAAACGAGCUAGAGAAAGGCAACUUUCUUACUAA